GGAAAUUGUCAGCAGUGUUUUUGUUGCUAGUGGGGACUGUUGUGUUUUGAAAAUGGCGACGCCUCGUCGCUCCUCUCAGCAGCAGCAGCCGAACUCCCUGCUGUCCUCCCCGCCCCGCGGCUCUUCUCUCCCCGCCACUCCGCCUGGCUCUCCGCCUGCACCGACCAACGAUGCCACCUCGCUUUCCAGCAGAGCCGCGAUGGAUAACAAGGCUGACGGCGAGGCAACCCCUUCUUCUCCCACCACCACCUCCCCAGCUCUGGCCCUCACCGCCAGCAGCAGCAGCAGCACUAGCAGCAACGCUAGCUCCCCGACCGCCACCGAGUGUAGCGGGACCAGCCCUGUCUCUACGCCCGACUCGGGCAGCGGUGACGCGGCCAGCAGCAGCAGUAGCAGCAGCAGCAGCGGAGGCGGUGGGGGUGCAAACGGGGCUUUCAGGGACCUGUUUGAAGCCUGUCGAAACGGGGAUGUUUCGAGGGUGAAGAAAGUCGUGGAUGUGCUGAACGUGAAUGCCAAAGACAUGGCAGGACGCAAAUCGACACCCUUACAUUUCGCUGCAGGUUUUGGGCGGAGAGAUGUGGUGGACCACCUGCUUCAGACAGGCGCUAACGUGCAUGCACGGGAUGAUGGGGGUCUGAUCCCGCUUCACAACGCCUGCUCAUUUGGACACUCCGAGGUGGUGUCCUUGUUGCUGUGUCAGGGGGCCGACCCUAAUGCUCGAGAUAACUGGAACUACACGCCACUCCAUGAAGCUGCCAUCAAGGGCAAGAUAGACGUCUGUAUAGUGUUGCUGCAGCAUGGAGCCGACCCCAACAUCCGCAACACCGACGGCAAGUCCGCCCUGGACCUGGCUGAACCCUCCGCCAAGGCCGUGCUCACAGGUGAAUACAAGAAGGAUGAGCUGCUGGAGGCUGCGAGGAGUGGAAACGAGGAGAAGCUAAUGGCCUUGCUCACUCCGCUCAACGUCAACUGCCACGCAAGCGACGGCCGCAAGUCCACUCCACUCCACCUGGCAGCAGGAUACAACAGGGUGAGGAUAGUUCAGCUGUUACUACAGCACGGCGCAGAUGUCCACGCCAAGGACAAGGGUGGUCUGGUGCCUCUACACAAUGCCUGCUCCUAUGGACACUAUGAAGUUACUGAGCUGCUGCUAAAGCAUGGAGCCUGUGUGAACGCCAUGGAUCUGUGGCAGUUUACCCCACUCCAUGAAGCGGCGUCUAAAAACAGAGUGGAGGUCUGCUCUCUGCUGCUGAGCCACGGGGCUGACCCGACCCUGCUCAACUGCCACAGCAAGAGCUCCGUGGACAUGGCGCCCACUCCCGAGCUGAAGGAAAGACUGACAUAUGAGUUUAAGGGCCACUCGCUGCUCCAAGCUGCUCGCGAAGCUGACAUGGCCAAGGCUAAGAAGACCCUGGCACUGGAGAUCAUUAACUUCAAACACCCGCACACACACGAGACUGCGCUGCAUUGCGCGGUAGCCUCGCCGCACCCCAAGAGGAAACAGGUGACAGAGCUGCUGUUGAGGAAAGGGGCCAAUGUAAACGAGAAGAAUAAAGAUUUCAUGACUCCUCUUCAUGUGGCAGCAGAACGUGCUCAUAAUGACAUUAUGGAGGUGCUACAGAAGCAUGGUGCCAAGGUGAACGCCGUGGACACGCUGGGUCAGACGGCGUUGCACCGUGCGGCGAUGGCAGGCCACCUUCAGACCUGCAGGCUGUUGCUAGGAUACGGGGCAGACGCCUCGCUGGUGUCACUGCAGGGCUUCACUGCUGCUCAAAUGGGAAAUGAAGCUGUUCAGCAAAUACUCAACGAGAACGUCCCGGUGAGGAACUCAGACGUGGACUACAGACUUCUGGAAGCUGCGAAGGCCGGAGACCUGGACACUGUCAAGACGUUGUGUACUGCUCAGAAUGUGAAUUGCAGAGAUCUGGAGGGAAGACACUCCACUCCUCUUCACUUUGCUGCCGGCUACAAUCGAGUGUCGGUGGUGGAGUAUCUGUUGCACCACGGGGCCGACGUGCAUGCCAAGGACAAAGGUGGCCUGGUCCCCCUCCACAACGCCUGCUCGUACGGUCACUACGAAGUGGCCGAGCUGCUGGUCAGACACGGAGCCUCAGUCAACGUGGCCGACUUGUGGAAGUUCACGCCGCUCCAUGAAGCCGCUGCCAAGGGCAAAUACGAGAUCUGCAAACUGCUGCUGAAGCACGGCGCGGACCCCACCAAGAAGAACCGAGACGGGAACACGCCUCUGGACCUGGUGAAGGACGGGGACACAGACAUCCAGGACCUGCUGAGAGGAGACGCUGCGCUGCUGGAUGCCGCUAAGAAAGGCUGCCUGGCCCGGGUGCAAAAGCUAUGUAGCCCCGACAACAUUAACUGCCGGGAUACGCAGGGACGCAACUCGACACCUCUGCACCUUGCAGCCGGCUAUAACAACCUGGAGGUAGCAGAGUAUCUGUUGGAACAUGGAGCUGAUGUGAAUGCACAGGACAAAGGAGGGCUGAUACCUUUACACAAUGCUGCUUCAUACGGGCACGUGGACAUAGCCGCCCUGCUGAUCAAGUUCAACACGUGCGUCAACGCCACAGACAAGUGGGCGUUUACUCCCCUCCACGAAGCGGCCCAGAAGGGACGGACCCAGCUCUGCGCUCUGCUGUUGGCCCAUGGAGCUGAUCCCACCAUGAAGAACCAGGAGGGACAGACACCACUUGACUUGGCAACGGCUGAUGACAUAAGAGCGUUGUUGAUUGACGCCAUGCCACCAGAUGCCCUGCCCAGCUGUUUAAAACCCCAGGCCACUGUGGUGAGUGCAAGUGUGGCGAGUACAGGUGCGGCAGGGGGCGUGGUCAUCUCUCCCUCCCUAUCUCCAUCCUGCCUGUCUGCAGCCAGCAGCAUAGACAACCUAACCACGGCCCUCGGUGACAUCACCGUGGGCGGGGCCACCAGUCCUGCAGACGGAGCGUCUGGGUCUGACAGGAAGGAAGGAGAAAGUACAUACACUCUGCUCGACAUGACCAUCAACCAGUUCUUGAAGAGUCUAGGGCUGGAACACCUCAGAGAUAUCUUCCAGCGGGAACAGAUUUCGCUGGAUGUGCUGGCAGACAUGGGUCACGAGGAGCUGAAAGAGAUUGGCAUCAAUGCUUACGGUCACAGACACAAACUCAUCAAAGGCAUCGAGCGGCUGCUGGGAGGCCAGCAAGGUGCAAACCCAUACCUGACGUUCCACUGCUCCAGUCAGGGCACCGUGCUGAUCGACCUGGCACCGGACGACAAGGAGUUCCAGUCUGUGGAGGAGGAACUGCAGAGCACCAUCAGAGAACAUCGCGAUGGAGGCAACGCAGGUGGAGUCUUCAGCCGGUACAACAUCAUUAAGAUUCAGAAGGUGGUGAACAAGAAGCUACGGGAGAGAUACGCACACAGACAAAAGGAAAUAGCAGACGAGAAUCACAACCAUCACAACGAGCGAAUGCUCUUUCACGGUUCUCCCUUCAUCAAUGCCAUCAUCCAUAAGGGCUUUGACGAGCGACACGCCUACAUCGGCGGCAUGUUUGGCGCCGGGAUCUAUUUUGCUGAGAACUCCUCCAAAAGCAACCAGUACGUGUAUGGGAUUGGUGGAGGCACAGGAUGUCCCACACACAAAGACCGCUCCUGCUACGUGUGCCACAGGCAGAUGCUAUUCUGCAGAGUGACGCUGGGUAAGUCGUUUCUUCAGUUCAGUGCGAUGAAAAUGGCUCACGCCCCCCCGGGACACCACUCAGUUAUAGGACGACCCAGUGUGAACGGACUGGCGUACGCAGAGUACGUCAUCUACAGAGGGGAGCAGGCUUACCCAGAAUACUUGAUCACCUACCAGAUUGUAAAGCCAGAGAGUCUGGCCGCACCGGCUGCCCCGUCUGAGCAGAAGUCCUAAAACGCACUCACAGCUGGAUCCCAGGAAGGCCAGUGCAAUGGACCAGAGCCACUCUCUGAGAGAACUGAACUAGAGGGUGUUUCAAACCUCACAUCCAAAAUUAAAGUCUCCAGAGUUAAACUUGAGGUGGGCAGUGAUCAGACGACCCUUGGAGUCAGACCUGGAUGUGUCUAAACAGAAGAAGGAAAGGAGGAGGAGUUUCUGGGUGUGAUACAUGCUCAGUCCAAAGCAGCAGACAGCAAAAUCUAUCACAUUCUUUAAUUAACUGGGUCUAAUUUUGCGGGAGAAAAUGCAAAUGGUUUGGUCAACGUUUCUGGAGGUCCACCAGUAAUCUUCUUUUUUUAAAUUUGCAGGCCUCUGGCUUGAUCCUAAAAACCAUUAAGAAAGCAAUUACAACAGGACACAGUCCAAAGCAAAACAAACAUCCCUGAUUUUGCACACUGCUGAUGUACUGUAAUCCACCCCCAGUUUUUAAAUGUGUUGUUUUGAUAUUGUGUCCUCUUUCAACUUUGUGCAUCAUCCGCAGCAACAAAACAACACCCUGAGGCCACUUCCAGAAACAGCGAUUGUCGUGCUGAGAGAACAGAAAUCCAGUACAUUUUGUGUUUCAACUUGUCAUAUUUCUACCAAUGAGACUCAUUCAGACUCAAAACAACACACAGUUCUCUGUCGUCUGACAUCUUUUCUGCUGUAAGCAAAGAAGAAAUUACAAAACAAGUGUGAGCAGGGAGAAGUAAAAAAAAGAUUACAGUGGACAAAAACCCAGAAGUCAAUAAAGGACAAAACAAACAGACCACGACCCCCGGCUGCAGACUUUCCACUACAGUCCAUGUACACCGGGACCAUCUUCUAACCUACGUCCAGCAGUCCAACCACACCUCAAAACAGAGGACAGCUGCUGCAAGCUAAACCUCCAGACCAAGAAGUUUUCCACACAGAAAAACGUCAUUUAAAAAUAAUGUUUACUUGGCCGUAAAAGCACCUUUUAGGCAGAGCCGAGUUGUGACAAGGCAGCAACCUGAGACAUCCUGUCAAUCAAGCCAACAUGCCCUGAACAUACUGCUUUCUCUGCCUUAAUUUUCUGGAAAUUAUUCCCAGGUACAAUUUUAAAAGCUGACUUUGUAUUGACUAAAAAUGAUUUUGUUUUCCAAUUCAAUCUAAUACUGUGUUUUGGAGUCCGUAUCCAGCGGACAUUAUAUGAACUACAUCUUCCACAUGGACAGUCAAACAUUGUGGUUCCUGCUUAUUUCAGCUCAGAUUCAAACUCAGUCUCUCACCAGAACCAGGAGGGCCACAAGAGACCAGACUGUGACAAUGUCAGAUGUACAAACACAUACACACUGCACACACACUUCAGACACAACCUUUCCUUCACUAAAAGCUGCACAUGGGAACUCAAAACUACAACAGCGUGGAGAGUUUGAAUCAAAACCGAGAAAUGUCGUCAGGCGAUUUCACUAAACUGCAAACAGCAAGUUUACCAACCCAGCUAGUACGUCAUCCUUUAUUCCAAAAGUACAGAGAUACAAGAUAAAAACAUUAAGUCAAGCUUGCUGUCCAUUUUCUUUUUGUUACAUCUUCUCCUUUGGUGUGAGAAGUGACUGUUGAGGGUUUAAUUUGGAAAAUAAUUCUCUUUGAACUUGUGAUUAAUCCAGAUCUUGUCACCACAUUAUAUGACAUGACUUUCUGAUACACCUGUGUGCCACUCAACACAUCUGGAGCGUCUUUUUGUUUCAGCGUUUUCAUGUCUCUCACAUGGACCCACAUUACCCUGUUUACAUGAACCUGCUGCCUUCUUGCCCUUUUCCUCUCUACCUGUAACUGCUGAUGCCCCCUAGUGGUGCAACGGAGGAAUUGCUGGCUUGUAGUAUUCUGUUGAAAACAAAUAUACUGUAUAUCAGGAAGGCAUUUAUGUUGGGACUCAUUUCUAAACAGUGCUACUUGUAUUUUCUGAACACUAUUCCAUUUUUGUUUUCGUCCUUGUAUGUUUCUUUAUUUUUAGUUCAUCUUUAUACUCCUGAGUUUACAGUGGUCAAUAUCUUAGCAAGCCAUUCAGCGGGCUGGUCACAGGCUUCAACAAGAUAUUUAUAUAAGCAGAGAUCUGCUCGUUGAUGAUGACGAAGAGGAUAAUGGAUAUGUUAUAUUUAAAGAUGCUUUCACAUUUCUGUUUGUAUUAACCAUUUGAAGUGACACUAACAUGUACGACAAACCUCAUAACAGCAAGAUUAGCAAACUCCGUACGCUUGAACUGUUCGUUUUUUUUACUAUACUGACCAUGUUUUUUCUGUUGAUUGCUUAUUAUUAAUGACACUGUACAUCACAUGGGACCACACAAGUGUUGUUUCUUUCAUGUCCAUCACGUCCAGUCCAGUCAAGCAGUGCUGAGGUCUUUGAAAGUCUUUGAAACUGCAAUGGAAAGGGAAAUGGCCUCAACAGUUAUUGAGAAUGGAUAGAUUGCUUUUAAAAAUCACUUGGAAACACAGUACGAUAUGUUUACCCAACUCUAGGCAGCAGCAAAAGAGAGAUAGUUAAGAUCAAUUACAAGAUCAAAAGAUUUUUAGACAUCUGUGAGGGAUCGGACAGUUCAAUCUGACAAAGCUGCUCUGAUAUUUCUUUUCACUUCAUCCUGACAGUUAGCAUUACAGCGUCUGUCAGUCACAUUACAGCUAUUCACUAAGGUGAAGAUGAAGUUGGUCUGAGCCAAACACACAAUACAAUACAAUCAAUGUUAAGUGUGAACUGAGCCUAAAAUCUGUUAACCGGUAACUCAAAAAUAAAAUCGCCCCCGAGAAUAUUAAACAAAAAUGUUGUCCGACUAUUUUCAAGCUGGGAAAUGUUCACACCAACCUUUCCCCCCCCCCAGUUUUGCAGCCCAUACGUUUCAUAGCAAUAGUUCAUCCCAAAACCAAUGAAUGGAAAUUUGAACAGCAGAACAUUUCAGAAAAGUACAAAGUGAUUCAUUGCAAUAGAACGGAAAUUAACUAAACAUUAAAAUGAAUAGUAAACGGGAUAACAACUGAUGACUAAACUAAGAAUGAGAAACUUUAAGUGUAAUGGGAAAAGGGAACAUAAAAACGUUGCAGAGCUGGGACAGAGUUAACAUGUACACAGCAUAUUGCCAUAUGUAAAAGUGACUGAGUUGACUUGCCUGAUAGACAUACUUCUUAUUAUUUUCUUGUCUAUUCAAUUAUUGUUUUUUCCUCAAGUAUAUUUUUUGGCAUUUCACAAAUUUCAAAAAUCAAGUUUAAAGACAGUUGUUGAGAUACUGGACAGAAUGACCCGUGUUGUCCCUGAUCAGAGUCGGCACUAUGACAAAGGUUUGAGAUAAAGCUUGGCUCUCUUGGCAGAUACAGAGCAGGUGGAGUUUAUGGUGUUGACCGCAUUAAGAUCAGCAGCACUGUAUGAGUUAUUAGCAGAGAGCCCUGGGCUUUGUUUUACAUGAGACUGUAAAUAAACUAACUCCAGAUGGGCCUUUUAACGGGUCUUUUAUGGAUGAUGUUGAGUUCAUUUUCACUCACUUCUUUUCCUUUGAAAGACUUUUCAAAGACUUUUUUUAUGUGAUAACUAUUUGAAUUGUGUUUAAGCUGGCCUGUCUCUACUUAUCUGUCUCAAGGGCCAGUUAGCCAUCUUGUUGUAAAUAGUUUGGAUGGGUGUGUGUGUGUGCGUGCGUGCGAGCGAGCGAGCGUGUGUCUUCAAUCAAUCCAUGCCUCCUCUUCUGACCUGCCUUCUAUCAAAAAGCCACCAGUUUAAUUAACACAUUUCCUCAUCAGUAAUGUUUGACCUCCUGUUGUACAGACGGUUGUACAGAGCUGCUGACCAGCUAACAUGUGGAAGAGAAAACUCCUCACUCUUGUACAGAAGAAAAUCUUAAUAAAAAGAACUUAAC